ACCUAAGUGUCAAAUUAUAUAGUACGAGCUUUAACAAUAUUUUUUCGAAUAUAUUAUUAUUUUUAAAUAAGCAUGGCAGCCCGUGAAGCAGCUCGCGUUGCGAGUAAACAAGUUCGGCCUUUGCUUUCGGUCGAUAGAGCAGAGGCAAGGCAGCGAGUUCUAAACUUAUAUAAGGCCUGGCACAGAUACAUUCCCUACAUGGUUAUGGAUUAUCACAUACCAAAGAAUGUUGAGCAGUGCCGAGACAAAUUGAGAGAAGAAUUCGAAAAAAACAAGCAUCUUACUGACAUACGAAUUAUCGAUAUGCUCGUGAUAAAGGGUCAGAUGGAAUUGCAAGAAACUGCAAAAAUAUGGAAACAAAAAGGACAUGUCAUGAGAUAUUGGAAAGAAACAUAUGAACCAAAACCAAAAGAUUUCUUAUCAAAAUUCAUUGAAGGACAAGAUUAAAAAUGAUGUUUUUAUAGUAUAUAUGUCCUAGCAAUGUGUACAUAAUAAUAGAAUAAAGGAUAGUCU